GCCUCUGCCACUGCUGUGUUCCAAGCGGUGGAUGAGACAGCUAAGUUGUAAGUAACCAUGAGUCGAGCCUGGGCCUUGUUUAAGGCCCACCCCUACAUCAGCAAUGUGGUCGGAUACACAACCCUGUUCGCAUCCGCAGACCUCAUACAGCAAAGCAUGCUUGGUGGGAAACAGAGUGGAGGAUUAAACACAGACAAGGGAACACACAAGAGCCAUGACUCAGAGGGGGCCAAGCUUAACAUGGAGGGAACCAAUAUUUCCACUGGUACUAAAAGUGUCACAACAUGGGCUGAUAUUGACUGGUCCCAGACCGCACGAGUGGCCUUUGUUGGGUUCUGCUUCCAUGCCAAUUUCAACUACCAUUGGCUGAAGGGGCUGGAGAGGAUGUUGCCAGGGGGAGGGGCCAAAAGGGUGUCAGGGAAGGUAGUGCUGGAUCAACUGGUUGCUGCCCCCGCUACUAUCAGUGCCUUCUUCAUAGGUCUUAGUGUGUUAGAAAACAAAGAGGACCCGUUGGAAAACUGGAGGGAGAAAUUCUGGACUUCAUACAAGACUGGAGUGGUGUACUGGUCAACAAUGCAGGCAUUGAAUUUCUCCCUGGUUCCCCCAGUUGCUCGUACAGUGUUUGUGGGUGGCAUCACGCUGGUGUGGACAGUAUUCCUGUGCCAUUUCAGACAGCAGAAAGAUGAUACACAAACCAAACCGCCCUCUCACUGAUAUGGAUGUUAUUGGAUGAGCUGAGUGAUGACAAAAUUGUGACAACUAUUUCAUUGAACAGCUUUUAUGUUCUGCACGCUUAUAAUUUGAUUAAA